GUGUCGACUGUGCUAGCAGAAGGAUUUCAAUAUUGACGCGCAUUUGACGCUCUCGCGGCCGUCGUCGAAGUGCGCGAGAGCGGUGUUAUUCGUGAGUGCGGAGGAAUCGCCUUGAUUCUGUGGCAAGCGGGACGUAGCUUAUUGACGAUUAUUGACCGACGAGGGACACGAUGUCGGAUGCGAUGGUGGACGAACGGGUAACUGAUGAGAUUGAGGCAUUAAAAGCAAUUCUGCUGGACAAUGAGCUAAACAUCAAGGAGAAUGACAGAGGGGAACCAGAAUAUAUAGAGACAAUACUAUUUCCCUCAACGGGCGAAGACUCGCAGUCGCAAUAUGUAUGUGUAACUCUGAUAGUACGAUUGCCUCUGGGCUAUCCAGAUGUCUCACCAGCCAUCAAUCUUCGAAACCCAAGAGGUUUGGAUGAGAACACGGUGAAGUUAAUGCAGUCUGAUGCAGAAGCCAAAUGUAAAGACUUUAUAGGUCAACCAGUAAUGUUUGAACUAAUUGAGUUAGUACGAGAACAUUUGACAAGGAGCAAUCUUCCCACUGACCAGUGUGCUGUCUGCUUAUACGGUUUCCGGGAAGGAGACGAAUUCACAAAGACGGAAUGCUACCAUUAUUUUCAUUCCCACUGUUUAGCAGCACAUGUCGCUGCUGCUGAGAAAUACUAUGGGGAAGAGCAGGAGAAAUUGCCGCAGUGGCAACAAGAUACUACAAACAAGUUUCAGGCUAUAUGUCCCGUUUGCCGGGAGUCGAUCAAUUGUGACGUCGAAAGUUUAUGGUCAGCACCACCGCCGAUCGACGUCGAAGCCGCCACCGACUUCUCCGUUACCGCCGAGCUAAGAGAACUGCAGAAACAAAUGGCUGCUCUGUAUUUGCGUCAGCAACAGCGAGGCGGUAUAAUCGAUUUGGAGGCCGAGGGCGUGAAGAUGUUGUUGAGAACGGAAGACGAUCCUUCUGCCGCUACAGUCGAAGUCAGUCCGCCUGGCACAAGCUUGAAUGCGUAUUCCAACACCACCGUGCAGCCAGUUACUCAGGUGCACUCCAAGCAGACCUCGCACCAGGCGCAGAAUCACCAUACGCAAUAUCAGUCUCGUCAAGUUCAUCACAAUAAUCACGGGCACAACAACCAUAAUCACGGCAACCGCCACCGUGGUCGCGGUCGCGCCCACUACCGACGCCACUUUGACAGAGUCAGACAGGCAGAAUCUACUCCCAGAUGACAAUGGGCUCGAGACAAGCUCGCCGUCGUCGUUUGGUCGUCCUUCGCUCCUCCGCUAAGUGUAUACAAUAUUCUGAUUAGUAUCAGUAGCGUAAUCGUCGGUGUAAUAUACGGUGACUGUCUAUCCUCGAGUAGUCUCACCGCGAUAAACUUAUAGGUGUCGUUGUUCGGCAGCAUCCUCGUCGUCGCGACCGUCGCGUAUGCGACGAUGGGAUGCGCUGCGAUCUCCCGUCUGGACUGUCUACGUAGACCGAAGCCGUGGUGCUCUUUCAAACGAUCCGCAAUCGUACAAAGUAGUUGAUAUCGUUUUUUGCCUUAGUUCCUUUUUCUCGUUCUUUACUCUUUCAUUCAUCGACGAUCUCGCGACAUUGGACUCAUCGAUUCUCCUUCUCUUUCGCGAAGAUAGAGUGCGAUGAUGGUUAUCUAAAAAAAAGAAAGAGUAAUCUUGUAUCAGUUGCAAAUAUAUCGCGCAAAAUAAAUUUUUUUAUUUUGAACUUGGGCUUUAUGUCUAGGUUCGAAUGUAUUUUGUCGUUUGUUUCUUGUCAUUUAUUAUCGAUACACUACUGCCAACCGGGAGGGCUGUGUUAGCUUAAUAAAAUAAUAUUAAUUAGUUGAAAAAAGAAUUACUUCUAUAAUUACGAUAGAAUUCAUGACAGAUAGCUUCAGUUUGCCAUCGAAGAGGCAAGCUCAAAGUUGAUCGCAACAUUUUGAGAUUGCACUUUCUUUGACCAUCGUGCGAGAGAGAAAAACGUGCGAGGGAAAUCGAUGAUUUUAAUGUCGCAUUAUCUUUGUAUUCACUGCCGCGAACACGAGAUACUAUUUCAAUUUAUCCGCGAUGAUUAUCUUUUUUUGAUUUUGUCGUACUCGCCGCGACGUCAAUAAUGCGCGCGCAAACGGACGCUUAACUUCUCAACUCUGAAGCGUAUGCAAUCAGACGACAAUAUUGAAAAAACAUAAUAGUGCGAAUACUUCGCAACUCAGUCUCGUGCGACAGUGAGUUACGAGAGAACUGUGCAAUCAAAAGUCCCAUUGAAACGAAGAUAUUUUAUACGUUCGUAUAAAAUUAAUGUAAUCAAAAUUAACAGACACCAUUUAUUACGCUUAGCGUACAAUGUUGCGUGAUACGCCGCUGAUUGUAAUCGGUACAAGUUCAGCGAGUUCAGAUUUUCGUGCUGUAUAAAUAAUAGAUAUUUUACGCAAUUAUAGGUAUGUGUCAUAUCUAUUAUAUGGCAUAUUUGUUUUCGCAUCUAUUAGCACGGAAAACCGAACUCGAUAAGGUUGCAUCGGUUUCAAUUUCCGUUUAACAAUCAUAUGAGUAAUCGGUGAUGAUUGUCGAAAGUGUAUGUAAAAGUGUUCUAAAAGUCGUUUUCUCGCAAUUAUAUUAUACGAUUAUAUUAUACGAGGAAAGUAUACUCUGUCACAGACAUUUGUCCUUUUUUUCUUUCUAAUUGUCUAAUUUUAUUAGUCAAGACUGGAUUUCCAUACUGACGUUAACAUUUUUCGUCGAAGAAAAAUGUUAAGUUCGUUAAUAACUAGGAUUGUUUCACAUCACUAUUAUAGAAAGUUUAUUCAAUGGCAGAUUUUAUCUUUUCUUAGCAAGCCUAAGUCUUGAUAAAUUAAUCUCGGCAGGUUUUUAGCAGAAAAGUAUAAAAUAUGUUCAUUGUCAUUGCCAAUCAUUUCUUGUAAGAUUUUUGGCAUCUUUUGCAAAGAUUACGAGAGACAUCCGCGCUAACUUUAGAAGCGACCCUUAGAACACACUGUACAUGUGAAAUGUGCCAUUUAACACUCAUUCGUUCAUGAAGAAAGUAUAUGGCAUAUCUGAAAAUUUCCUGGAAACAUUUUGCAAAUUGAUACGCUUUAGAAUAACGUAAAUUUUUUAGGAAAGUCCUUACGUCAUUAUGUCGCUCGCAAUUCGAGUUCACUGGUCGAAGUACCCGCGAUCGACAAGCAUAGAGAAUUGUGAUAGAAAAAAAAAGAAGAAGCGAAGCAUAUCCAUCGCGUUAGAUUUGAAUGAAGCAGAACAAGUUUUGUAGACAGCUAAGAGAAAUAAUAUUUUGUUAUUUUAAGUUAUUCUUCUUGCGUAAAGUUCCUCGCAGUCGCACCGUACCGCUAUAGUUCGAUUUACAUUUUGCGUAAAUUCGACUAUAAUUUUAAGGAGACGAAGGCAUCGUCUAUUGUAGAUAUUCCCUCAACCUACAUGUAUAUUAUAUCGGAAAAAAAUUGUUAGCAACCUUAAAUUCUUCCACAUGAAUGUGAUACUUACAAAAGGGUAAUAGGCUAAAGUAAGGAAAUUUUA